UGAUUAUUGGCAGCCUAAUAUAGCGGUUCUGCACUUUGAUUUUUGUCUAUAAUUUAAUCAGUAUCUUUUUAUUUGUUUUUUAACUUUUUGGAUGACUAGGAUUUGUUUAAUCUCUAAUGUUGGACAACAUGUUUAAUCCUGAUGAGUGGAAACCAAUGAUUUGCAAAUAUCUGAAUUGUACCUCCCAUCUGUAUUCACAGUUAUCUGAGGAAGCGUCUUCUAAUGCCCACAUUAAACUCUCUGUUAUGUGUCUCUAUAUUACAGUUCCAGAGUGGAACCUCCAGAAACCAACUAUGUGUAUAUGAGGGGCAACAACUUAAUGUAUCAGCCUCUUUAUUUCAAUAAUGAAAGAACCAGUACUGACCUGAGACUGCAGACAUACAGAGCAGAACCUCCAGAGCUGAGCUAUGUCUCUAUGAAGAGCCACAACUCUGUACUGCAUACAUUCAGAGACCCUCCAGAACCCAGCUGUGUGUCUAUAAAGAGCACCAACUCGAUGUAUCUGCCUCCUCGUUUCAGUGAUGAAAGACCCAGUACUGACCUGAGACUGCAGACAUUCAGAGACCCUCCAGAGCCCAGCUGUGUGUCUAUGAAGAGCAACAACUCAAUGUAUCUGCCUCCUCGUUUCAGUGAUGAAAGACCCAGUACUGACCAGAGACUGCAGACAUUCAGAGAAGACCCUCCAGAGCCCAGCUGUGUGUCUAUGAAGAGCAACAACUCAAUGUAUCUGCCUCCUCGUUUCAGUGAUGAAAGACCCAGUACUGACCAGAGACUGCAGACAUUCAGAGACCCUCCAGAGCCCAGCUGUGUGUCUAUGAAGAGCAACAACUCAAUGUUUCUGCCUCCUCGUUUCAGUGAUGAAAGACCCAGUACUGACCAGAGACUGCAGACAUUCAUAGAAGACCCUCCAGAGCCCAGCUGUGUGUCUAUGAAGAGCAACAACUCAAUGUUUCUGCCUCCUCGUUUCAGUGAUGAAAGACCCAGUACUGACCAGAGACUGCAGACAUUCAUAGAAGACCCUCCAGAGCCCAGCUGUGUGUCUAUGAAGAGCAACAACUCAAUGUAUCUGCCUCCUCGUUUCAGUGAUGAAAGACCCAGUACUGACCAGAGACUGCAGACAUUCAGAGACCCUCCAGAGCCCAGCUGUGUGUCUAUGAAGAGCAACAACUCAAUGUUUCUGCCUCCUCGUUUCAGUGAUGAAAGACCCAGUACUGACCAGAGACUGCAGACAUUCAGAGAAGACCCUCCAGAGCCCAGCUGUGUGUCUAUAAAGAGCACCAACUCGAUGUAUCUGCCUCCUCGUUUCAGUGAUGAAAGACCCAGUACUGACCUGAGACUGCAGACAUUCAGAGACCCUCCAGAGCCCAGCUGUGUGUCUAUGAAGAGCAACAACUCAAUGUAUCAGCCUCCUCGUUUCAGUGAUGAAAGACCCAGUACUGACCAGAGCUGUGUGAAGGAUGCACCACUCCAGGAUCCGUCCAAGUGUGGAGUGUGUGAGCAGAUUCAGACAGAUCCAGUCUCUAUCAACUGUGGACACACUUUCUGUAGACAGUGCAUCAACAGCUAUUGGAACCAGUCUGCUCAGUCAGGAGUCUUUGCCUGUCCCCAAUGCAGAAAGAGGUCUAAGACACGUCCUGUUCUACAUCAACCCAUAGAGGAGUCCAUGCAGAAGGAAGCAGUGUGUGAUGUCCUGCAAAGAGUCAGAGAGAGACACAAAACCAGCAUGAAGAAAAAAUAUGAGAGCUUAUUUGAGGGAUUCAAAACACAAGAGAAUAAAACCCUCCUGAACAGGAUUUACACUCAGCUCUACAUCAUAGAGGGAGAGAGUGAAGGAGUGAAUGAAGAACAUGAAGUUCUACAGAUUGAAAAAACACUUUGGGACCAACACUGGCAGGAUACACCAAUUAACUGCUUAGACAUCUUUAAACCUGUACAGUGCACUGUAGGAGAAAUGGAAGAAGACAGCAUCAGAACUGUGAUGGCUGAAGGUGUCAGAUAUGAAGAAAGAGUAGAAGAUGAAGGUCCACAAGUGCAGAAACUCAGAACUGUGCUGACUAAAGGAAUUGCUGGCAUUGGAAAAACAGUCUCUGUGCAGAAGUUCAUUCUGGACUGGGCUGAAGGAAAAGCCAAUCAGGAUGUAGAUUUGAUGUUUGUGGUUCAAUUCCGAGAGCUGAACCUGAUUAAAGAUCACCAGUACAGUCUUCAUAGACUUCUGUGUGGCUUCCAUCCUGAGCUCAGAGAUCUGGACACAAAGAUAUAUGAUGAGUGUAAAAUGGUGUUCAUAUUUGAUGGCCUGGAUGAAAACAGAAUUCCACUGAACUUCUUACAGUGUGAGAACCUGUCAGAUAUAACCAAGGUGUCACCACUGGAUGUGCUAAUGACAAACCUCAUCAAAGGAGAGCUGCUUCCCUCUGCUCACAUCUGGAUAACCUCUCGACCAGCAGCAGCCAAUCAGAUCCCUCGUCAGUACAUCAACCGUGUGACAGAAAUUCAGGGAUUCAAUGACCCACAGAAGGAGGAAUACUUCAGAAAGAGAAUCAGUGACCAAGACCAAGCCAACAGUGUCAUCUCACACAUUAAGAAAACAAGGAGUCUCCACAUCAUGUGCCACAUUCCAGUCUUCUGUUGGAUCUCAGCCACUGUGCUUCAGCACAUAAUGAAACAGGGUAUUACAGAAAUUCCUAAAACUCUGACUGCAAUGUAUUCACACUUUCUGAGCACUCAGACAAUCAUGAGGAAUGAGAAGUAUGAGGAAAAUUCUGAGAUAAAUCCAAAGGAUCUCUUGGGAUCCAACAGAAAGUUGCUUCUGAAACUGGCUGAACUGGCUUUCAAACAGCUGAUGAAGGGCAAUGUGAUGUUCUAUGAAGAGGACCUGAGAGAGUGCGGCAUUGAUGUCACUGAGGCCUCAGUGUACUCUGGCAUUUGCACUGAGAUCUUUAGAGAAGAAUUUUUGCUUUACCAGAAGAAGGUCUACUGCUUUGUUCAUCUGAGCUUUCAGGAGUUCCUGGCUGCUCUCUAUGUGUUUCACUGCUAUGUGAGCCAGAACAUGGAGGAACUGCAAGUUUUUAAGAUACAGAACAAAAAGCAGUCUGACAGCAUUUCAUUGGAAGAUCUGCUAAGGGGAGCUGUACAAAAAGCUGUAAAGAGUGAGAAUGGAAACCUGGAUCUGUUUCUCCGUUUUCUGCUGGGAAUUUCACUGGAGUCCAAUCAACGGCUCUUAAAAGACCUUCUGACUCAAACAGUGAGCAGCUCAGAGAGCAUCAACAAAACAGUUCAGUACAUCAAACGCCUAAUACCAACAGAGAACCUUUCUUCAGAGAAAUCCAUCAACCUGUUCCUCUGUCUCACUGAAAUGAAUGACCAGUCUUUAUCCCAAAAAAUCCAGGAAUAUCAGAAAUCUAAUAAAGACUCGAAAAAGAAACUGUCUAGUGGAGAGUGUUUAGCACUGGCCUACAUGCUUGUGACUUCUGAGGAGGUGCUGGAUGAGCUGAACCUGAAAAAUUACAACACAACCAGGAGUGGUCAUUUGAGAUUGAUCCCAGCUGUGAGCAACUGCAAGAAGGCUAUACUAGCUGGGUGUAAACUUACCACGCACUCCUGUGAAACUCUCUGCUCUGCUCUGAAAUCAACCAACUCACUCCUGAAAGCACUGGACCUCAGUAACACUGGCCUGAAGGACUCAGAAGGGAAGCUGCUCACUGCUGCACUGAAGAGUUCAAACUGUGUACUGGAGAUACUCAGACUAUCUUCAUGUAAUAUUGGGAGAUCAUCUUGUGAAAAUCUAGGAUCAGCUUUACAGCUGAUAAACUCCUCCCUGAAAGAGCUGGACCUCGGCAAGAAUGACCUUCAGGAUUCAGGAACAGAGCUGCUCUCUGCUGGACUGAUGAGUCCACACUGUAAACUGGAGAUACUCAGACUAGAUUCCUGUAAUCUGGGGGAGAAAUCCUGUGAAAUUCUGGGAUCAGUAUUACAGCUGAUAAACUCCUCCCUGAAAGAGCUGGACCUCGGCAAAAAUGACCUUCAGGAUUCAGGAACAGAGCUGCUCUCUGCUGGACUGAUGAGUCCACACUGUAAACUGGAGAUACUCAGGUUAUCUGGUUGUAUGAUUACAGAGGUAGGCUGUUCUUCUCUGGCUUCUGCUCUGAGUGCAAACCCCUCACAUCUGAAAGAACUGGAUCUGACCUACAACCACCCAGGAGAUACAGGAGUGAAGCUGCUCUCUGCUAGACUGGAGGAUCCACACUAUAGACUGGAGAUGCUCAGGUACAGAAAGCUGUGUGUGUGUGUGUGUGUGUGUGUGUGUGUGUUGGAGUCAAUAAUAAUAAUAAUUAUCAUUAUUAUUGUUACUGUUAUUUAUAUAUCGAGAGUUAUAGAUAUGGUAUAGUGAAUUGUUACAGGCGCAAUAAUACAAUGCAGUAUGUCUGGUAAAAUGACCACAAAUGUAGCUGACCUGAUAAAUCGGCAGGUACAUUUAUAUCCAGCUUCCUGUCUUUUGCGUUGUGACUGAAGCACCGGAAUCUGUCUUGCCCAUGUGUGUAUAGUUGUGUACAAGAAAGGUCAAAAAUUUCAGUGAAAUUCUCUUGAUUGAGGGUGUUUGAACACAGAAGUCUUAAAAUAUUCCCCAAAUUGUAAUAUCAGGGCUGUAGCGUUUUAGUAAAACUGCAGUUACUGCACUGUAUUAAAUGCAGGUGUAGUAAAAUGGACACACUAAAAAAAAACUAAAAGCUGUAUUACUGGAUAAUGUACAUCAUUUUUUUUAAUACCAAAGUAAUUCCAUCCAGUAAUUCCGUUUUACUUCAUUUAUUACACAAAUAAAACAAAUACAGUACUACAGUACUAGAAUUUACAGUAGUAUCCUGCUGCGCUCUAGACUGCUGUUUUUAUUAAACCAGUAACACUACUUCUGUACUGUGUCAGUUUUACUGUGUUUGUACUGCAGUAUUAAAAACUGCAACAAUACUACAUACUGCACUGCAGAUUUUAAGGCAAAGGCAAAUGUAUUAAUAUAACACAUUUCUUACACAGAGGCAAUUCAAAGUGCUUUACAUUAUUAAAGCAUUAAAAAUGGAAAUAAAACAAUGUAAAAAAAAGCAUAAAAAUAAAAUAACUAAAUAUAUAAAGUGCAGAAUAAAGUGCUAACAGAAACUUAGUUUGUGUGAAAUGUUGCACAGAUACAUUUUCAGUCUAUUUUUAAAACGCUAACAAUCUGAGCACAUCUCACAGCUUCAGGAAGUUUGUUCCAGUUAACGGCAGCAUAAUGGUUAAAUGCUCCCUCAGUGUGUAGUCCCGGUUCUAGGCACUGUUAAGUGAUUGAACUCUACUGAUCUGCAGUCGGUUGCACCAGCUGAACGUAAUUUGGGGUGUAAAGUCCAUCCUAAACCUUACAUUGAGAGCAGUUAGUUCAAAACUAGUGACACAGAAUUUUGGUUGCACCACAGACGUUUAUGGUACAUCUUAACUAGUAGAGUGUGAAGUGAUUGCAGAUCAAAACACUGUCGCAUAGAAUGACGUUUUCACUCUGCAGCCAAUCAGUAACGCUACCCUACAUGAACAGGCAACAUUACACGCAUGAUCUCCACACGCAGUGAAGUUUCUCUCUUCAUGGGCUACUUUGCUUAAAGUAUGUCAGUAGUAGGGCUGGGCGAUAAAACGAUAAUGAUAAUUAUCGCGAUAUAACUUUUCCUCGAUAGAGCGAUAAGGCAUGUCCGAUAUAAUACACCAUUCUCACAUUUCCACGUUCAGCGAAAGCCUUGGUGGCGUUUUCUACUGGAAGGAAAGCAACACAAUUCCAUUGUCGCCAGGAGAGGGCGCACUUCCGAGUUUUUCGACAUGAUUAGAGAGGGAGGGGG